ACAAGCUUGUUUUUCGUUUUUGGCGCGACAAGCCAACGAAAUAUACUGGUUGCUGCUAGAAAAAUCUCCACCUACAUUUGUAUGGAUGGAAUUGUUCCUGCCCUUUGCUUGACCCUGUAUAUUUUGUAUGUUUGACCCGUGCAGUUUUUAAAAUUGGAAAUUUGUUUGACCCGUAUACAUAAAUUUUUGCGGUAAAAAUCCUUGACCCUUGUCUUAAAGUUGCCACGUUUGAAUUUGUUUUUUGUGACUUUUGCGUGGUUUUAUAUAAAACGAACUAACCUUAUCACAAUUGCUUUUCGCAAACAUUUUUUGGGACAGACACCGCCAUCGUGGUCGUUUGGUAAAGAGGACAUUUCGCCGAGAUUAAAGAAAUAUUUUAACAAAAAAUAAAGUUCAUUUUUGAAAAUUUGUAACUUCGUGAAAGAAUUUCAUAGCGACCCCACGUAUGCACUUGCCUUAUACUAUAUGGUGAAGUGACCCAAAUCAAACAUUUUAUUGGCGUCGUUUUUUGUUGUGGUUUUGUUUCGGAUUACAAAUCUGAGGAACCUUUUUCGUUUCCUGUGCGGAAUUUUUGGAAUUGAUGUUUAUGUGACCCUUUCUACCGAACUCAUUCUUCUGAUUGUUUGAUGUGAUUGCUGACACUCUGGUUUUACAUCUUCUGUUUUUGUACAUUGUGAAGUAGAAUACCUGAUACGUUUUCCAAAGCCUACUUCUAACCCACCAAGGCGAAAAUUGAAUAAAUUUUUCCAUUUUUUGUGCCUAGAAAUCGGGAUCUGACCCUUCAAAAACUUGAAGGAAGAAAUUUUAAACAAAAUGGAGAAGGCAAAGUCUAAGAGCGAUAGAUUUGCGAAUAGCGUCAACGAUUUAGUAGAUUUCGACAACACAUUUGCAGCUGCAAAGUCCGAUGAUAAUAUACAUAGUCUUGAGGCUCUAAGGGUGGAGUUAGAUUCAUUGUGGGACAACGUCAAGAAAUCGUACUUAGACAGUCGCGAUCAUAUCACCGCGGCGGAAGAGACCGCCAUAGAUAAGAACAAGCUUCGAUCUCAUUACAAAGACGCGCGGGAAUGCUACAUGCGAGCCAUAGGCGCCCUAAAUGCGGACAUUAUGGCUUUGAAGGAUCAGGCGAACCAAGAGAAGAAGGAGAGGGAAUCUUUGCAGGAUGUGGACUUCACGCCAGUUUCAAGGCUUCCACCUUGUGACACAGACACUUUUAAAGGUGGGUACACAGCAUGGCCUACCUUUAGGGACCUGUUCAGUGCCAUUUACAUCAAGAACUCAAAGCUGAGUAAUGUUGAGAAGCUCUUCCAUCUUACGCAGAAGACCUCUGGGGAAGCAAGGGAAAUAAUAAGUCAUGUUCCUCUUACAAAUGAUGGGUUUUUGUUAGCUUGGGCCAAUCUUACUGAUCGGUAUGAGAACAAAAGGAUGCAAGUCAACGAACAGUUAAAAAAUCUUUUUAACCUGCCAAACGUUACAAUAGACUCCUCUCAAACGGUUCAGAAGUUACAGCGAAUUGUUAACACAAGUCUACAGACACUGGAGACACUUGGAGUAGAUGUUAAAGGAUGGGACCCACUUUUGAUUUAUCUUUGUUCUGCAAAAUUACCGAGGCAAUUUCUAGAGGAGUUUGAGAAUUCACUGGAAGAUUGCAAGAUCCUUCCAAAAUGGGCAGAAUUUGAUAAAUUUCUGACCCACAAAUUUAAGACACUCGAAUCUGUCGGGAAUAUUAAGCCGUCUUUCAGUAAGCAAAACCAUAAUAGGCAAGAUAACUACAAAAAUAAUAAGUUCGUCAACAGUUUUCACACCAAUGUUUCACAAAAGACACAAAACUCAGGUACAAACAAUAGCGGCAAUACACAGCAAAAUACAACAAUUCGGACCCAAAAUACAAAAUGCUGCCAAAUUUGUAAGGCCACACAUUUUAUUAGGGAUUGUCCGAAAUUUAUUGAAAAGAAUAUCAAUGACAGAAUUCACGUAGUGAAAGUUUCGCACUUAUGCUACAAUUGUCUGUCGACGAAUCACGGUGUAAAGGAAUGCAAGAGCAAGUUUACAUGCCGCGAAUGCAACUUGCGACAUCAUACAAUGCUACAUAAGGGACAAGAGAACCAACCUUGUAAUCAAGACUCAGCUAGAGAUGCAGCACAACCUAGUACUAGUGCUGCAGCUCUUACAACUCGUAUACAGUCCACACCAGACACACAACAGAAUAACAUUGCAACUUUGACCCUUCAGGAUAAUCGAAUUUGUGAGCAUCAUCCUGGGGGAACCUUACUUUUUACUGCUAUAGUGCAAAUAGAAUCUAGAGGACAGCUAUUCGAUGCCAGGGCAAUUAUUGACUCUGGAUCGCAGUCCACUUUCAUUACGGAAAAACUCAAAAACAAGUUGAGUCUUCCAACUAAACGAAACUUAGUACACGUUACAGGACUUAGCCAAAUUGUAGCUGAGACUUCAAAUAAGGCUUGUCUAUUCACCUUACGCUCUCGUAUAGAACCUAGAUUUGAGUUAGAAGUUUGGGCGCCUGUCUUGAAGACCCUUCCUUCUAACUUACCGCCUCAUAACUUAGACCUAGCACAACUUCGAGAUGUUGCCAAUCUAGAUUUGGCAGAUCCGAAAUUCUACAUUAGCCAACCGGUUGAUCUUCUAAUUGGAAUGGACAUAGGACCCCUUAUUUUUGACAUUGGGUCCCCGAUGAAAUCAAUCGGUGCACUACUAGCACAAAACACAGUUUUUGGAUGGAUUGUUGGCGGACCCAUUGCACAGAAAGCUGCGGGUGGUAACCGAGUUUCUCUUCACAACACCAUCUCAAUAGAAAGAAAACUCACACGAUUUUGGGAGGUGGAGGAGGCCCCCAAAAAGAUUUUGAGGUCAGAAGAGGACAUGUUUUGCGAACAAAACUUUAAAGACACUGUAAGGCGCAACUCUAAUGGGAGAUAUAUUGUGACCCUCCCUUUUAGGAAUUGUGAAGAGUUGGGAAACUCGAGGAAUAUCGCAAUGGCACAGUUCUACAGAAUGGAAAGAAAGCUCCAAAAGACACCUGAGAUCAAGGAACAGUACGACAAUGCCAUUCUGGAAUAUCUGGAACUAGGACACAUAAGGAAAAUUACGGCACAGGAGAUAACAAAGACUCCGAAUUACUAUUUGCCGCAUCAUGCUGUCAUUAAGCCAGACCGACUCACUACAAAGCUUAGGGUAGUUUUCAACGCGUCAAGUCCGUCGUCGAACAGAAGGAGCCUAAAUGAUAACUUGUUUGCUGGACCCAUUCUGCAGCAAGAUCUUGUUUUACAAAUUUUGAAGUGGAGGUUCUUCAAAUACGUAUUUAAUGCGGAUGUCACAAAAAUGUAUAGACAGAUUCUUCUCGACCCUAGUCAGACACAAUUCCAGAGAAUACUUUUUAGAAAAUCUCCAAAGGACCCAGUUGAGGAUUUUGAGCUCUUGACUGUAACAUUUGGAGUAAACUGCGCACCUUUCCUUGCAAUCCGGACACUUCUUCAACUUGCGGAAGACGUGACGGACACAUACCCCCUUGCAUCAAAGAUUAUUCGGGAGAAUCUGUAUGUUGACGACGUGUUAGCCGGGGCUCACACGAUCGAUGGAGCCAUAACUUCAAGAAAAGAGUUGAUCGCGGCCUUGAACUCGGCUGGAUUUCAGCUCAUGAAAUGGACAUCUAAUGAUCAUAAGAUUAUACAAGACUUACCGGCAGAACAACUUCUUCCAGUAAAUUGGCUGGAGCUUUCGGAAGACUCCUCAACAAAGACUCUUGGCAUCCGGUGGAAUAUUUCUGGGGAUUAUUUCACCUUUACACAACCGGCAUUAGAAAUCAGAGAGUCUUAUACGAAGAGAGAAGUUUUAUCGGCCAUAGCAAAAUUGUUUGACCCCUGUGGGUGGCUAGCCCCAAUUGUUGUUGUAGCAAAGCUAGUCAUGCAACAGGUAUGGCUAGACAAAAUCGACUGGGAUGAUACGCUAAAGUCAAUAACGUUGAUAAAUUGGCAGAAUUUUGUUAAAAAUUCAGAGGCAAUGGAAUCGGUUAAAAUUCCAAGGUGGAUACGCUUCACACCUGGUUCCAAAGUGGAAGUACACGGUUUCUGUGAUGCCUCCGAAAGUGCAUAUGGUGCAGCAUUGUAUAUUAGGGUGGAACAUGACAACCACCAAACCGACACCUUUCUAUUAGCUGCAAAGACCCGCGUUGCUCCCAUCAAAAAGAUUUCCUUGCCGAGACUCGAACUUUGUGGGGCAGUACUUCUCUCAAAAUUAGCUUCAGCAACCAUGAACAAUCUUCAGAUUAUGAAUUUUAAGACCCAGUUUUGGACUGAUUCCACAAUCGUUUUGUCGUGGCUUAGGAAACCGGCUUGUGCUUGGAGUACAUUCGUUGGAAACCGCGUUUCAGAAAUUUUAGAGAAUGUUGGCAAUGAAAAUUGGCGCCACGUAGACUCCGAGAGCAACCCUGCGGACAUUGCUAGUAGAGGAUGCACUCCUUCAGACUUAAAGGAGUAUUGUUUAUGGUGGCAUGGCCCACAGUGGUUAAAGUUUCCGAAAGACAGAUGGCCAACUUAUCAAGUUCCUGAAGACACAAACCUGGAGGCGAAAGCGAUAAAGGUUUUUGCUACUUCAACCUUUGAAGACCCAUUAGUUAGGUUUUCUUCUUUGUCGCGCGCCUAUAGGGUGAUUAGCUAUGUUUUACGAAUCUGGCGUAAUACGGGGCCCAACCGAUCGCAUCUCAGGAUUUCAUCUUUGGAGAUCACAGCUGAGGAAAUUCAAGAUGUAAAACGCCGUCUACUGAUUGUGACCCAAAAACAUUAUUUCGCCUCUGAAUAUCACGAAUUACAAGAGGAAUCUAGAAUUUCACCCAGUAGCAGCCUCUUAGGUCUUAAUCCAUUUAUAGACUCAAGUGGACUAAUGCGGGCUAAUGGGCGCCUUGUACAGUGUCCUGUUUUAACUUAUAACGAGAGACAUCCCAUUCUGUUACCAUACGAUGCAAGACUCACACAACUUCUAGUAGAUUUCGCCCAUCGAAUAACUCUCCAUGGCGGAAAUCAACUUAUGACUCGGAUUUUACGCUCUGAAUUUUGGAUAUUCAGAUUAAAGCCUCUUGUCAAAAAAGUAAUACAUAAUUGUAAAACUUGUAUUUUGUACAAAAAGCAUGCGCAAUCACAAAUAAUGGCAUCCCUUCCUCCCGAACGGACUUUACUCUCAAGACCCUUUACCAAUACAGGGGUUGAUUUUGCUGGACCCUUUAACAUUAAAAACUAUUCAGGUCGAGCUUGUGUAAUCACAAAGGGAUACGUUUGUAUUUUUGUUUGUUUCGCGACAAAGGCCAUACACUUGGAGGCAACUACGGACCUUUCUACACAAUCGUUUUUAGCAGCCUUGGCACGUUUUAUCGGUCGCAGGGGUUGUCCGGCCUGCAUCUAUUCUGAUAAUGGGAAAAACUUUGUAGGCGCUUCAGAAUUACUGAAAAAGGAUCGCCUAGACUUCUUGAAAACUCUCCAAAAUCAAGCUUCCCAACAAAACGUUUAUCAAAACCUUGUUUGGAAAUUCAUACCGCCGGGUGCCCCUCAUAUGGGUGGCCUUUGGGAGGCGGGUGUCAAAUCAUUUAAAUCCCACUUGCGCAAGUUUAUACCAAAAAUGAACUUUACGUUCGAGGAAUUAACCACAAUUUUGACUCGAAUAGAAGCUUGUUUAAACUCUAGACCCCUUAGUCCAGCCAGCGACGACCCAAAUGAUUUCUCGCCUUUAACCCCAGGCCACUUUCUAAUUGGUACUUCGCUUCUUGCACCAGCGGAACCUGAUGUUUCUGAUCAGGAUGUCUCGUUCGCCAAUAGAUGGAAACGACUGAAGAUAAUUUCGCAAUAUUUUUGUCAAAGGUGGAAGUCAGAAUACUUGAAGGAACUACAUCGUAGAACUAAGUGGAAGUAUCCACAAGAGAACAUCGCGCUAAAUGACCUAGUUGUAAUCCGAGACGACAGAUUCCCUCCAACCGAAUGGGUAAUGGGUCGCGUGGAAAAAACUUAUCCUGGAUCCGAUCAAAAUACACGCGUUGUCGAUGUUAGAACAUCUCACGGCACCUUGAGCAGACCCAUCACGAAACUGGUCAAACUUUUUUCCGCCUGACUAGGCUUUCGCCCAGUAAUCAAAAAACAAAGUACUCCUCCAAAAUUUUUAUUUUCAGGAAUGGC